GGGAUACAGUGGACGCGCGAUGACGUGUACCACUCACACAUCUCACAUCACAGCACAGCCGCAGGUUGUAAUCAGUGGCAGUGCCGCCGCCACCGACGCCGACGCCGGUGCCGCCGCCGGACCCGUACCGGACGGCCAUUUAUGGGGCGAUUGUUAAAAUCAAUCAAUAUCGCCGCAUCGCAUGGGACCCGGCACGGCCCGGGGACUCGCCACAUUUAGCAUUUGAUGAAGGCAAUCCCCCGCUCAGCCGCUGCUCAGAUUUAUAGUCUAGUAAAAACCUAACCCAGAUAGUGCAAAAAAAAAAAAUAUAUAUAUAUAAGCUAUUUGACAUACCCGUGAUGGGCUUUGACAGCAGACAUAAACAGUGAACAGUGAAGCUCGAUAAGGAUCCGUCAGCAAUGGCCAAGGGUGUUCAGUUCAGUUCAAUGAGUUUUCAUGAUUUAAUGGCUGAUACCGCAAAGGAAUUUUUAAGUUUGAGCAAUGCCUAUGGAAAGUACUCACUAAAAAGGUUCUGGUGGCUAAUUUAUAAACGAAACUGUUGAAUGGAGACUGCGUGGGAACUCUUCUUAGCCCACACAAAAAAGGAAGAGAUAUUUAGACAUUUCCAUUAACGGACAUUCAGGCCAGGCAUUAUCAAUGGUGGGCGGACAUACGAAAUCCAAUUCCAACUCUUCCACUCUUCCAACUCUUCCACUCCAAGCCCCCUCCAAGCUGUACCCCUCCUCAUUGCCAACACCACCCUGUUGUCAGCAGCCACUGGUAAGCUUCUAUAACGAAACAUGUCUGAGGCGAUUAUCGAGGAGAGAAAUUGCAAACCAAAUGGCAAUGUAAUCAGCGAAGCCAAAGCCAAAGUCGAAGUCGAACCACAACCACAACCACAAGCCGAACCGCAAGAAGAGAGUGUAGAAAACGGUACAGCAAAUCAGCGAGAAUCAGAGAUAGAGAGCGAUACGAUCGACUAUAUAGAUGCAACUCUGAAAAUAGUGGAGGCCUUUGAGAGUGAUGCGUCGUGCUAUGCCACACUGGAAAAGGGGAGCGUCAAGGCAAAAAAGAAAACGGUGAGCUUCAAUCCAAACGACGAGAAGAUACGCAAAUUUACGACCGGCGAGCCGAUUGUUGAUCAAAAGAAUCCCUUUCGGAAUGGCCAUAUAGCGGGUGUGGGAGGAGUAGCAGGCAGAGAGACGAAGAAGACACCACCGCCAGUGCCCACAAAGCGAUCGACAUUGAGCGUGCGCAAAACGGUGACCCAACAGCUGCGCGAACGCGAACGAGAACGCGAAAAGGAACGAGAACGGGAGCGAGAGCGGGAACGAGAGCAGCAGAAGAACGAGACGAAUGCGCGCAAGAAGAACGGUAAAGGGCAAACUGCUGGCGCUGGUGCUGGUGCUGAGGAAUACAUAACCACCGAGGAAGUACUUAAGCAAUCGAAAUAUGUAAAGACAUACAUUAAGAAUCCAGACGCCUAUUUCGUCUACGAUCCCACAGUGCUCGCGCGCCUCAAGUGCGAGGAGGAGCAGCAACAGCAGCAGCAGCAACAACAACAACAGCAGCAGCAGCAGAAGGAGCAGAAGGAGAAGGAGAAGGAGAUACCCAAGCGUAAGCAAACGGGCCUCCAACGCUACAAAGAGCCGAAGGCAAUCAAACAGCCCAAGUUGAAUCACAAUCCAAAAACAUUUAAAAAGUGCUCGAAGCCCAAUUAUCCGGAAUUGGCCAACAUCAAGAUACGAACGGGCACUCCCGACACCGAGGGCGAUUUAUUCAAUGCCGCUGAGGUCACCAAGAACGCCAAGAAAUUCGACGAGCGUGUGAAGAAGCUGCAGAUCAGCUCCGACGACGAUCUGGACGAGAUCGAUGGGCCGCUGACCAAGAGCGAGUCCAGUGACGAUCUCUCACAACCAAAUACGAACGGGAAUCAGGAGGAGAAACUCCCCUCUCCGCCUCAGGAUAUGAGCAGCAGCCAGAAUCAGAAGCAGCAGCAGCAGCAGCCGACGAUCCCCAAGGAUCACGAACCGCCCUCCACAUUUACGAACACCAUCAGCUCUGAGGAAUUUCAGGCCUAUCUGGAGCGCAAGGGUCUGGCCUUGAUGCCCAAGCGGGAGCUGGGGGCCACACCAUCGCCGACGGCAUCGCCCAUGGCCUCGCCGUCGCCCUCGCUGCUGCGGACACCGGAGGAGCGACGCCAGCAGGUGGCCGAGUCGCUGGCCGCCCUGCGGCAGAGCAACACCAAAAAGCUGUCGGUGCUGCAACGUCUCUCCAACAGUUUGUUUGCGCCCAAGCGGAAGACAACGCCCAAGCCGAUGAUGCCCAUGCCGAGAUCCGUCUAUGGCCAGGGCCAGGAGGAGCACCGCAAGGCCAGUGGCGGAGAUGUGCCCACGGAGAUGCGGCGCAUACUGCUGGAGCGGCAGAGCCAUCAGAAUCAGAACGGUCGUCUGCCGAAUGGACAGGCCACUGCCGCCAUGCGACCCUCUUCCGAGUACACCAAUGGCCAUUCCGUGCAGAAUGGAGUUGCGGCGGGUGCUCCCUUUCAGCGCACCAUCGAGCGGCAGAGCCUGAUACCCAGACGCGUCUCGCCGGAGAGCCACAAUGCCAGCCAUUUCCAACGCUCCGCCUCGAUGGACAGAAGCCAGAUCCGGGCACAGAGCCAAAGGACUCAGCCCAGCCGACUGGAGGCAGUGGGCCAGCGUCGAUCCCUGGCCUCCGCCUAUGUGCCGCCAGCCAGCGAGGAGCAGCUGAGGCCAGUGGCCACCUCUACGCCGCAGCGGAAGGUGCCAGUCCAGGAGAGCAAUCAGCAGCAGCCGCAGCAGCAGCAGGCCAGCAACGGUCAUCAGAAUGACUGGGAGAAGCUGAAGGCCAUCAAGGAGGUGACCGAUCGUCAGCUGUACCACAAGCUGCAGCAGGUCCAGCAGCAACAGCAGCAGCAACAGCAGCAGCAGCAGCAACAGCAGCAGCAGCAGCAACAGCAACAACAGCAACAGCAGCAGCAACAGCAGCAGCAACAGCAGCAACAGUUUGUCAGAGGCUCCUUGCAGCGCAACACCUUCUCGGGCAUCAGCGGUCGCAAUCGUCAGGUGAUGAUACUCGACGGCACACCAAUAAUCCCGGUGCAGCAGCUGCAGAUGCAACAACAGCCGCAACAGCAGGCGCCACCCGCACGCUGCCAGAGUGUGCUGGACAACAUGAUCCAGCAGGCGAGCCCCAACCAGAUGCACACACGUCGUGGGUAUGAGAGCGAGAGCGAGGCGACACCCAGCGAUGCGGCGGCGGCGACGGCGUCGGUGGUGAUGCGUCGCUCGAGCAGUGCCUCGAGCCGCCGGAUUGGCGGCCUGCUCACACGCGAGGAGAUACUCGAAAAGGUCAAGGAGUUUUGCCGCAAGUCCAUUAGCCGCACGCCUCUGCCCGCGGCCAAGAUGCAGCCCAUCUAUGAGAGUCGCAGCCAGAGCCAGAACCAGAGCCAGAGGAGUCCCGCCACCGCUUCCAUCGCCGCUGCGGACACCUCGCCCGUGUCGUACGCCUCGGUGGAGACCGGCAGCCACAAGCGUUCCGCCUCACAGCUGAGCGCCGUCGCCCGGCCGCAGGUGCCCCUUCGCGUGCAGAGCCUGCCACAGUCGCGCUUUGUGCCCGUGUCAGCCGCCGCCUCGCCCAUUUACGCGCACGUGAAUAAGCGCAGCAGCCUGCUGUCCAACGACUCGGAGCAGUAUCUCUCCAGCCAGCAGCUGCCACAGCUGAUGCGGCUCACACCCACGGAGUACGUGCUGGUGGAGACGGGCGAGGGCCUGCAGGCCGCCAAGCUGGUGGACUACCACCACAACAGCCUCUACAUGCAGCCGCAGUUUGUGGCGCGUACAGCUGCCGGCCAGGGGCAGGGCCAAAGCUCCUAUGUGCUGCAGGAUGGCCGUGCCACGCCGUUGAUCCUCGAGCGUGCGCCCAGCGGACACCAGAGCCAGAUCUAUUGGACGCCACAGCAUCACCAGCAGCUGCAGCUGCAACAGCAACAGCAGCAGCAUAUGAUCCAACAGCACCUCCAGCAGCAGCAGCAGCAGCAGCAGCAGCAACAGCAACAGCAACAGCGCCUUCUGUCAAUGAGUCCGCGCGGCUAUCCAGUGCCAGCGCCACGCCUCAGCAUGCCCAUGGCUGCAAAGGGCCUGGUGCCCGCUCCGAGGAGCCUCACACUGCACCGGGUGCAGUCGCGGUCCAGUCCACAGGGGCGGCACGCCUCAUCCGACUGGGAGCUGAGCUCGGAGGCUGGCGAAGUGCGGCGCAUCAUGGAGAAGAACUUAUAAGGCAAAGAGAACAGCAGCAUGGACGAGGACAGCAGCUGUAGCAGCAGCAGCGGUAGCGGUAGCGACAAACCCAAAACCCACUCGAAGU